AUGGCACCCCAAAAAUUCGCCAGUAUGCGCUUGAAGUCCCGGCCUACGCUCGUACCUUUCAAGGACGAUGCUAGCCUCAUUGCCCUCCGCUACGAGAAGACGGUCCAGGCAGAGCCUCCCAUCCCUAUUCUUACACGACUUCCCCAAAGAUCUCUCUCUUGUUCAACGCGUCGAACUUCCACUUCUGCAUCAUCAUCGACCUUCUCGAGUCCGCCCUCCAGCCCCGUUGUUGUUGCUCCUCCGCCCGCCAUCGACCAGCAUCCUGCGUUUCGUUCCCGCGCCGCGGCCCGCCAUACGACGGUAAACGAUUGGAAGAGAGAUUCUGGGCUGGCGCCUACUGCAUCGUCUUCAGCCACCAUUGCUGAGGAGGACUGCGAGGACGAAGAGAGUCGUGCAUGCGCCAAGAUUGCUGUUUUGGACGCCGACACGGUUCUUGUGCAACAAACGGAACAACCUGUGACACCUUCGGUCUGCGAGAGUACUUCCGUCGAUGAGUUGGUUUUGAGCAAACAAAACUCUGGUCGUUGGUGCACGCCUUGCAUCGGCAAAGAGGUCGACAGCAUGGAUCAUUAUCAAACUGCGCAGGUCGAAAUUGCGAUUGCGGAAAGAAAGAAGUCUGGCAGUCUUAGCAGCGCCUUAUCGGUCGAUUCUCCCGUUGAGUUGCGGGACAAGAGUCUGGGUGACCUAUCGCCUGCAUCGGCGCCAAUCAUCUCCCAUUCGCGGACCUCAUUUGCAGCCUCCGAUGACUCGCCUAAUUUCUCCCCUGUCAACAUCCACGAAGACUUCCGACUCCUGAGCAAGGAUGCCGUUCACUUCUCUCCCAUUUCAGUGUCCAUCCCCACGGACAACCUCCUCGAAGAUGAUUUCCUAACCACCUUGUCUUUCUCGAAUCGAGGCAGUCUCAUGUUUGGUGGUUUUCACGCGUUCCCCGCACAAACCACCGACGGAACAAUGGAUGGACAGUCGCAAACGGACAAAGCCCACGCGCCUCCACCAACCCCUGCUGAUGCCCCUGCUGAUGCCCCCAUCCUCCACAUUCAAUACGAAGAGCCGCCCCAGACCACUGCCGUCAGCACCACUGAGACCAGCGCGAACCAUUUGAGCGCCACCGACACAACCACGACCGAAGCAACGACGGCAGAGACGACUGCAGAGUCGGCCUCGCAAGCCACAAUGACGACCCCCAGCAUCUGCGUCUUGUCCGCGGACGUGGAGAUGGAAUCUCGAAAGGUGAGAUCGCUCUAUGAAUCCGGCGAAGGCCUCAGGUGGGAAGACGGAGCCCGACCGUCGGAUAUUGGCGAGCGUCUCAACUCGACCGCCGAAACUCCGACGGAGGAGGUCGAGAAUGAUCCUGUCGCCGAACUCCAGCCUCCCGCUUGGGGAACUCCAAGAUCUGGAAGUUCCUAUUCCCAACGUCCCGAAACACGCAGCGAGUAUGAGGUGGCCGGUGGUCUCGAAGACUGGGAAGACCUCGAAGGAUGCGACAUCGACCGUUAUGGCUUCAUCAGCCCGCGCAAGCCAGAGAAGAGCAAUGGCACAUCCGCUGAACCUAGAUCGUCGCAGUCGGCGCCUAGAAGGAAGCACGUCUUUUCUAAGCGAGAUGCAUUUGGGUUGGGCUUGCCAUCCAGAGGACCCAGUAGGAAGGUGUCGGCUAGAUCUCUCAACACGCAAGGAUCAAAGGCUUCAGCUGCGUCCCGUCGGUCGACCCGAUCCGCAAUCAGACAAGCAGGAAACCUGUUCCCACACAACCGCGAUCGACGAUGGAUGGACGAGGCUGGGGAGAUGCUUUCGCUUUCACUGGGCGAUGAAGAGAAGGUGGAGAAGAUCUCCGAGGCCAUCAAAAAGAAGGAAUGGGAGAGAUCUGAAAAGUGGCGUAAGAUGGCCAAGAUCGUCAAGAAGGGCAAGGACGGCGAAGGCAUGGAGUUCGAUUUCGAUGUCAAGAACCAAAAGCUCAUCGAUAGGACGUGGAAAGGCAUCCCCGACCGGUGGAGAGCAUCUGCGUGGUACUCGUUCAUGGCAACUAGCGCCAAGGCUCACAAAGACUCCCCAUCCGAGGAUUCCAUCAUCACCGACUUCCAUCGCCUGCAGUGUAGGGGGUCGCCGGACGAUGUGCAAAUCGACUUGGACGUCCCUCGCACCAUCAGCAGGCACGUCAUGUUCCGGAAGCGCUACCGAGGCGGUCAGCGCUUGUUGUUCCGAGUUUUGCACGCAUUAUCGCUCUACUUCCCGAAUACUGGCUACGUUCAAGGCAUGGCCUCGUUGGCGGCGACACUGCUGUGCUACUUUGAUGAGGAGAAGUGUUUCGUCAUGCUUGUCCGUUUGUGGCAACUACGAGGCCUAGAAAAGCUGUACAGUCCUGGCUUUGAUGGUCUGAUGGCGGCUCUGAACGAUUUUCAGACCAAAUGGCUGGACGGCAAGGACGUCGCCAAGAAGCUGACUGAGCUCUGCAUCGAUCCUACAGCCUACGGUACCCGAUGGUACCUGACACUAUUCAACCUAUCUAUCCCCUUCGCGGCUCAGCUUCGCGUUUGGGAUGUCUUCUUGCUUCUUGGAGAAAACCCCACAGACUCUCCCAAAGUGCCUGAAUCGCCCGUCACCAUGAACGGCAUUGACAUUCUGCACUCCACCAGCGCGGCUUUGAUCCAUGCGCUGCGCGAUGUUCUUCUUGACUCGGACUUUGAGAACGCCAUGAAGGCUUUGACCUCUUGGAUUCCGGUCAAAGAUGAGGACAUCUUGAUGAAGGUGACGCGAGCCGAGUGGAAGGCCCGACAGAAGAGGAAGUAG